CACAAGCUGAUGUUUUGUAUGGGAACCAGGAGAGAGGUGGGACAAGCCGACUGAAUGUGGUCGCUGUGUUUUGGAGAAAGAAAGGAGGCCCACGUUCCCCCCGCGUGCAACGAUCGGACAUUACUUGGGGUUUUUCUUUUCUUUUUUCCUCUUUGGAUACUGACAGCAGCUUCCAGAAGAAGAAGCUGGAUUCUCCUCUCAGCCAUCUUGAGCUCCGCUCUCCGCCCUGUAGGCUCCUUUCUCUCCUCCUCCUGCUCCUCCUCAGCCUAAAGUAAACAAGGCUUGCACAUUGCUCGCAACUCCGUGCAAGAUCCCGAGAGAAGCGAGAUGGGAUCGCCGCGCAGCAUCUAACCGGGCUGGAGGCGAAAGCAGACGCCUGAGAGGAUUUAUCGCCGUUUGCGCCAGAGCAGAAAGAGAAGGACGCGACGCGCCGGAGAGAUGGACCUGUUUGGGAUUUAUCUGCUCCUCUCGCUCGUUCUCUUUCCGCGAUCCAGCUGCACCACAGCCAAGGAAAUCACCUGCCAGGAGAUAGCCGUGCCUCUGUGCAAGGGAAUCGGCUACAACUACACGUACAUGCCCAACCAGUUUAACCACGACACGCAGGACGAGGCGGGACUGGAGGUGCACCAGUUCUGGCCUCUGGUUGAGAUCCAGUGCUCGCCGGACCUGAAGUUCUUCCUCUGCAGCAUGUACACGCCGAUCUGCCUGGAGGACUACAAAAAACCUCUCCCCCCGUGCCGGAGCGUGUGUGAGAGAGCUCGGGCCGGCUGUGCGCCUCUCAUGAGGCAGUACGGAUUUCCCUGGCCGGACAGGAUGAGGUGCGACCUGCUGCCGGUGCAGGGCAACCCAGACACGCUGUGCAUGGACUACAACAGAACCGAUUCAACUACAGCGUCCCCGGUACUCUCCAAACCCACCAACCACCCAGGUAAGGGUUACAAUCCGCCGAAAAAUAAGCCAGGCAGACCCGGCACGCCGGGGAAAUACAAGCCGCCCGCCGCUCCGUGCGAGCCGGGAUGCACAUGUUUGGAGCCCAUGGUGCCGGUGAACACGGAACGCCACCCGCUGUACAACCGGGUCAAGACGGGGCAGAUCACCAACUGCGCCAUGCCGUGCCACAAUCCCUAUUUUACGCACGACGAAAGAGCGUUCACCGCUUUUUGGAUCGGACUUUGGUCAGUGCUGUGCUUUGUGUCCACCUUCGCCACCGUGGCUACUUUCCUCAUCGACAUGGAGCGCUUCAAGUACCCGGAGAGACCCAUCAUCUUCCUCUCGGCGUGUUACAUGUUCGUGUCGGUCGGCUACAUCGUCAGGCUAAUCGCCGGGCACGAGAAAGUGGCGUGCAACCGGGAGUUCGACGUGGAGCACAUCCACUACGAGACGACCGGCCCCGCGCUCUGCACCGUGGUCUUCCUCCUUAUUUACUUUUUCGGCAUGGCCAGCUCCAUUUGGUGGGUCAUCCUCUCCCUGACCUGGUUCCUGGCGGCCGGGAUGAAGUGGGGCAACGAGGCGAUCGCCAGCUACUCUCAGUACUUCCACCUGGCCGCUUGGCUUAUCCCCAGCAUGAAGUCCAUCGCGGUCCUGGCGCUGAGCUCCGUGGAUGGAGACUCGGUGGCUGGCAUCUGUUACGUGGGGAACCAGAACCUGGACAACCUGCGGGGCUUCGUCCUCGCGCCUUUGGUGAUUUAUUUAUUCAUAGGGACGAUGUUCCUGCUGGCUGGAUUUGUGUCGCUGUUCAGGAUCCGCAGCGUCAUCAAGCAGGGCGGCACCAAAACUGACAAACUCGAGAAGCUGAUGAUCAGAAUAGGCAUCUUCACGGUGCUCUACACGGUGCCCGCCACUAUCAUAGUGGCCUGUUACUUUUAUGAGCAGCACAACAGACAGAGCUGGGAGGUCACGCACAACUGCUUUAACUGUUUAUUAGAGCGGGACCGCAGGACUCCGGACUAUGCCGUUUUUAUGCUGAAAUACUUUAUGUGCCUUCUAGUGGGCAUCACGUCCGGGGUGUGGAUCUGGUCUGGGAAAACUUUGGACUCUUGGAGAACUUUCUGCACCAGGUGCUGCUGGGGCAGCAAAGGCACCAGCGGCUCCAUGUACAGCGACGUGAGCACCGGACUGACGUGGAGGUCGGGCACAGCCAGCUCUGUGUCUUGCCCCAAGCAGAUGCCACUGUCCCAGGUUUGAAUUGGAGUGGGUGGGUGGGGGGGUUCACUAAAAGCAGCUUAUGGGAACUGCUAAUUGUUUUGGGAGAUAACCCAUCACUCCAGGUGUCGAGCAAUUUGCAUCGUAAUGAACUGAGAAUUGGUUGAAACAAUGUACCUGGCAUUCACACAGGUUAAGCCCCACACACGCCCCCUUUCCUGUUUAUAUGUAUUAGAGGUACAGAAUGAGGCUUUUUACACAAUGUGGCCAUUACCUGCUGGGGGCAGAGGUUUUAGUUUCUAACCAGCUUCACACAAAGAGCAUUUUUGGGGGGAUUUUUAUUGCUAUUUUCUCUACACAGUGCCAGAUAACGUUGUAUAAUCUCCAAUCUCGUCAAAGAUGGUUUAAAUUAAGCCUUAACAGUGCCCAAUAGUUUUGUUGUUGUUGUUUUUAAAUGCGUCGUUGAUUUUGUAAUUACAAAUGUAUUUAUAUAAAAGUUCUGUAAAAACAACAACGGAGAGAAAACGUGUACAUAUGUGUAUAAAAGAAAAGUUUAUAAGAUAUUGUAAAUUUGUAUAAAGUGUAGAUGUUUCUUUUGUGAAGAAAGCAAAUAUGACCUUUAUUUUGACAAUAAAACCAUUUGACAAAUCUCAA